AUGGCACAAUAUUCACACUACUCGCAGCCGGAUCCGGACUUCUUACGCUUCAAAGGGUCAAGGACUCAUCCUCCGCAACCAUCAGGGCCUCAGUCGGAUGAAGAGGUGAUCAAGGGAACGAGGCAGCGCACAAUUGACAUCUGGGUUCCUCAGAAUACGGCGGCCUUCAAGCGACAUCUCCCAGACGAUGCGAAGUACGAAAUCAAUGAUCAUACGGUAACGGUCCAGGGUGGCGAAAUCCCAGUGCGAGUUGUCAUACCGUCUGACUUAAAAGAGGAGAAAUUCCCCCUACUCGUUUACUUCCACGGUGGAUCGUUCUUCGGAGGCAAUAUCGACGCGUGUGACUACGAAUGUCGUGUUUUGGCAGUCAAGACGGGAGCGGUUACGGUGAACGUCGGGUACCGGACAAACCCGUAUCCGGACUGUAUCGAAGACAGCUAUGCUGCACUCAAGUGGGCAAUCAACAACGCUGCAGCUCUGCGAGCGGAUGUUCAUAAAGGCCUCAUUGUUAUGGGAACUUCUGCCGGAGGUCAUAUCGCUGCUGUUUCGGCCCUCCGCGCCCGAGAUGACGCGAACUUUCCGGCGACGAUCACGGGCCAAGUGUUACAGAUACCUGCUCUGAUUCACCCGGACGCUUAUCCCGCCCAAUUGAAGGAUCAACUGCUCUCCAUGGAGCAGAAUGCCGAUACCGAUGGGUUCCUCGGCGCUGAAGACGUUCGUCUUGCCCAUAGGUUCUUGGGAGGCAACCCCAAACAUCCAGAUAUCUCCCCUCUUCUGGCGCCAUCCCUUGCAAACCUACCUCGUGCCCUUGUUCAGGUUGACGGACUGGAUCCUUUACGCGACGAAGGCAUAUUAUACGCGGAGCUUAUGCGUGCUGCCGGCGUGGAAGUGAAGUUGGAAAUAUAUCCUGGCGUGCCACAUGCAUUCGACUAUAUCAUGCCCGAUAUCCCAUUGGCGCAGAAAUACGUGAAAGACACACAUGAGGCCGUCCGGUGGCUACUCGAGUGA